CAGCAAGACUCCUGAAUCGCCUAAUGAAGAAUGGCAUCCCAAUCUCUUUAUCAUAUUUUCACAGAUAUUCUUAUUAAGUUAAACUGUAAAGGUGGGAAAAUUGCAAACAUGAAAACAUCAUUGGUUAUAGCUGUUCUGGUUUUUGUAUGCUGUACCCUGGGCCAAGCACUUCUUUGGGGAGACGAUGGCGGGGGAGGAAAACAAAAAAUAAGAGACUGCAAAUGGGUCGCAUGGUCAGGUUCGAAAUGCUUUCACAUAGGCAACGGUGUGUACAAAAUAAAACAGACGCGAAGAAAGAUUCCAGCCAAGAACGGAGGCGCUGCUUGUAAAGGAAGCAACAAGCGUGAAAUAGAUUGCACUCCAGUUGAGUAUACCGCCUCCGCUUUCUUCGAUUCGUUCACAGCUGGUACUGAUGACGGAUCAACUGUUCGUAGGACUGGAACUAAUUUAGUAAAAAGACCAGAUGGGAAAGUCACAUGCCAAGAGAACUCCCACACCGAUCCAUCAGGAACUCUUCGAAUGAUGGGGAAAACUUGUGGAUCGUCGAGAAAACGACGGGAAACAGGAGAAAGAGUGAAAAGAUCCAAUCCAAUUCUGAGUGACAAACACAGAGACGUACUUUUCCUUGUUGACGAGAGCGGAAGCGUAAACGAGAACAAUUUUAAAAGAGAAAUGAAGAUGGCCAAAGCCUUAACUGAAAAACUCUGCGGAAGCAUCGCUGUUGGCAAACACACAACAAGAGUCGGUGUUAUGACAUUUGAUAAAAAGAAUCAUGUUCACCUCGACUUCGAUGAACUUUUUGAGCGACACCAAGUUUUGAAUCAUAUGAAGGAUAUUACUUACAAUUCGAAAACAGCCGGACGGACAUGCUUAACAGACGCUCUGGAUUAUUCUUUAAAAAGCGUGAUCGUUCCUGGACGUGGGGCAAGGAAUAAGGUUCCAGGAACGGAGAGGGUCGUCGUACUUAUUACUGAUGGGUGCGCAAAUUGCAGAAACCAAAACUCGCUCCCGAAUGCUUUGAAUAAGAUGAGAAUUAAAUUUGAGAAGGAAAAGAUCCCGUUUAUCACGUUUUUCAUCGGAAGCAACACGAACUGUGUCAGAAUCAUGGCGGGACUCGCUGAUGGCUCCCGUUGCUACCAAGUUUUCAGAGCGAUGACCUGGCAAGAAUUUGACGCUAUGAUUGAACACAUUGAGAAAAGAGAUUGCAUGGACGGUUGGGAGAUCGGGCCUAGCUGCCCAGCUUAGCUUUUAGAUGCUUCUGUCGUUUCUUUUGUUUUUGGAUAAUGUCUUGCAACCUUGUCAUGAGGAUAUCAUAAUAAAUAACAGAGAAAUA